AUGACAACAAUACCAUCAAUAGCCUGCCUAGGUGUGAUAGGCAAGAAUAACAACCCCCUCCACAUCUCCAUCUUCCCCUCUGCGCCCACCAACACGCCCCUCCGCACACCCCUCCAAUUCUCCCUCCUCCUAGCCAGCACCCUCGACAUCUUCGAAGCGCGCUCCAAAGCCAACACCACCACGGGCGGCGGUCUAUCCGGCGACUUCGGCCUCCUGCACGCCGUCGACGAACGUCUGGCCGCCUAUGGCUUCGAGACCAACACCGGUGUCCGUUUCGUGGUCGUUGUAGACAUGCGAGGACGAGCCGUCUCGGAAACAAGUAAAGGGCUCGGUGUCGGCGGUCUCGGGUUGAGGGAUGGAGAAAUGAAAGUCGUAUUCAGGGCUAUGCAGGCGGCGUAUGUGAAGUUGUUGCAGAAUCCGUUUUAUGAGCCGGAUGAGCAUAGUCCGCCGACGGGGAGGGGUGGAAAGAAGAUUACUAGUCGGAAGUUUGUGGAGGAGAUGAAGAAGAUUGGGGAUACGUGGAUGCCGGGUGUGGGAGGUUCGUGA